AAUGAUGAGGGGAAACCUGAGCCAUAUGCCUGAAUUCCUCCUUCUGGGACUUACCAGUGACCCCCAAAACCAGCAAUGGCUCUUUGCAAGCUUCCUGGCCAUGUACCUGGUCAAUGUGGCUGGCAACUCAGUCAUCAUUGCAGCCAUCCGGGGGGAUGCUCGCCUCCACACCCCCAUGUACUUCUUCCUCUCCAACCUUUCCCUGGUGGACAUCUGCUUUACCACUGUCAUUGUGCCACGAAUGCUGGUGAACAUGCUGACUCAGAGAAAGACCAUCCUCUUUGCCCAGUGCCUUGCCCAGAUGUAUUUCUUUGUGGCCUUUGGGAUCACUGACAGCUUCCUCCUGGCUGUCAUGGCCAUUGACCGCUAUGUGGCCAUCUGCAACCCCCUGCAUUACACCACAACCAUGAACCCCAGGCGCUGUCUCCUGCUUGUGAUCACAUCCUGGCUGGUGUCCCACCUCCACUCGCUCACCCACACCAUCCUCAUGGCCCGCCUCUCCUUCUGUGGGCCCAACAUCAUCCACCACUUCUUCUGUGAUGUCCAGCCACUGCUGAUGCUCUCCUGCUCUGACACAUCUGUCAAUGAGCUCUUGGCCUUCACAGAGGGCUCCUUUGUGAUCAUGAGCCCCUUCCUCCUCAUCACUAUCUCUUAUGCAUACAUUGCCCAUGCUGUUCUGCAGGUUCCUUCCAGGAGAGGCAGGUUCAAGGUCUUUUCCACCUGUGGAUCCCACCUCACAGUGGUUGCACUAUUUUAUGGAACCAUAAUAUCUGUGUAUAUCCGCCCUUCGUCCACCUACUCAGUGACAAAAGAUCGUGUGGUCACUGUUAUCUAUACAGUAGUUACCCCCAUGCUGAACCCUUUUAUCUACAGCCUUAGGAAUAAGGAUAUGAAGCAGCCUUGCACAAGCUGAUGAGGAAGAUGGAAUAGUAGAACCCCUGUAUGGUACAUCUCGGCAUUCACUCACUUGAUAAGGACUCAUGAGACAUAUGCUAGGUAAUAGGAACUGUAUUCAAUUACAUAAAUCAAUCAGGGCCGCUGUCUUCAAAUUAGUUACAGCAGUUCCCUGGUGGCUCAGUGGGUCAAGGUUCCAGCACUGUGCCUGCUGUAGCUGGAGUCUCUGCUGUGGCCCUGGUCAUAUCCUUGGCCCAGGAAUUUCCACAUGCUGAGGGCAUGG